CGCAGAAGUUAGAGCGAGCGAACGAGCAGGCAUCCACCGCGUUGCUUUGGCAGUGGGACCCUGGGAGCAGGAGAGGUCCACUCAUCUACGAUCCUCGGCUCAAUACAGACAUAACUUUUCAAGGCAACUGACACGUCUUAAAGGAGAACAGGAGAAAGACAUCGUAAACCCUGAGAGGCAACCAUAGUGAACCUGGACAGGGAUAUGAAAAAGAGAGGCCACAGUACAUUAUAGAGUCCGCUGUUGCUGCUGCUGUACUCAGAGACAGUCUCUCUAUCAGAAUCUUCUCCUGACCGUGGUUCUACCAGAGAGACAGAAGCAGAGAGGCUGUGUGUCCAGAGCUCUCCAGUCCAGUCUCUAGAGGUCUAUCCUGCUGCCAUGGCCCUUGAGUGCACUGCGUCCCAUUGGUGAGCGAGGGGCAUCAGAGGGCAGAAGACAUGUUGGGACAGAGGCCUGGGAACCGCACUGAAGCUUGCUGUAGUAACCAUGGAAAUACUAUGGAGGACCUUGGCCUGCAUUGUUGUCAUCAUCGUCAUGGUUGCCACCGAGGUCGCAGAAAGUCAGACUGCUGAAAAGUUCACCCAGUCACAAGCUGCGUUCCUGUCCAGCCUGGGCCAGUAUGAAAUUGUAAUCCCAGUUCGCGUGGGGCCGCAGGGCGAGACCCUGGACACACUGGAUGGAGGUGCAGACAGCCCCAACCACCACCGGCGGAGCCACCGCAGUGCUGAGGACCAGCAACAGGACCCGUCCCAGCUGUACUACCAACUCUCCACCCCCAAAACUAACUUCUUCCUCAACUUGACCCUGCAGGGCGGCCUGCUGUCCCACCAGUUCCGUGUGGAGUACUGGAGGAGGGGCCGUCUGGCCUGGAGCCACCCUUAUGCCCCCCAGUGUCUCUAUGUAGGCCAUCUGCAGGGUCAGCCCCACUCCAGCAUGGUGGCUCUCAGCAACUGUAACGGCCUGCAGGGGGUGAUCGUGGCGGGCGGUGAAGAGUACCUCGUCGAGCCUCUGACCCCGGCCGAAAACCUCACUAGUACGGAGAGGGGGAAGGGCCGCCCCCAUGUGGUUUACAAGAGGUCAUCUCUUCGCCACCAGUACAUGGACCAGUCCUGUGGUGUCAUCGAUGAGAAGCCAGGUAAAGGCAUGGCCUGGUGGCAGAGGACUCUGAAGACUCCUCCCAACCCCAUCGGCCGAGGCCAGCUGCCCCUGAAGAGGUCUGUGAGCAGAGAGCGCUACGUAGAAACACUGGUGGUGGCCGACAAGAUGAUGGUGGGGUACCACGGCCGCCGGGACAUCGAGCAGUACAUCCUGGCUGUCAUGAAUAUUGUUGCCAAACUGUUCCAGGAUUCUAGCCUGGGGAACGCAGUGAACAUCGUGGUGACCCGCCUCAUCCUGCUCAUGGAGGACCAGCCGACUCUAGAGAUCAACCACCAUGCAGGGAAGUCCCUGGACAGCUUCUGUAAGUGGCAGAAAUCCAUCCAGAACCGGAAUGGCAACGGGAAUGCCAUCCCAGACAACGGCAUCGCUCACCACGACACUGCCGUGCUCAUCACCAGGUACGACAUCUGCAUCUACAAGAACAAGCCAUGUGGAACUCUAGGUCUAGCACCAGUGGGAGGGAUGUGUGAGCCAGAGAGGAGCUGCAGCAUCAACGAGGACAUCGGCCUGGCCACAGCAUUCACCAUCGCCCAUGAAAUAGGACACACGUUUGGGAUGAACCAUGACGGAGUGGGCAACGCCUGUGGCUCCCGCAGUCAGGAGACAGCCAAGCUGAUGGCUGCACACAUCACCAUGAAGACCAACCCUUUUGUCUGGUCUGCCUGCAGCCGAGACUACAUCACCAACUUCCUGGACUCAGGCAUGGGUUCCUGCCUCAACAACGUCCCCCCCAAGCAGGAGUUUGUGUACCCCACCACGGCCCCCGGCCAGGCCUACGAUGCAGACGAGCAGUGCCGCUUCCAGUACGGAGUGAAGUCUCGGCAGUGUAAAUACGGGGAAGUCUGCAGCGAGCUGUGGUGCAUGAGCAAGAGCAACCGCUGCAUCACCAGCAGCAUACCCGCCGCCGAAGGAACCAUUUGUCAAACCAAUACCAUAGAGAAAGGGUGGUGCUAUAAGAGGUUGUGUGUGGUCUACGGGACAUGGCCAGAGGGGGUGGACGGCGGCUGGGGUCUCUGGACUCCCUGGGAAGAGUGCAGCCGUACCUGUGGGGGAGGAGUGUCCUCCUCCAUCCGCCACUGUGACAGCCCCAGGCCAACCAUUGGUGGAAAGUAUUGUCUGGGAGAGAGGAAGCGCUUCAGAUCAUGCAAUAUUGACGAGUGCCCUGCAGGCUCUCAGGAUUUCCGGGAGAUUCAGUGCUCCGACUUCGACAACGUUACUUUCCGGGGGAAAUUCUACACCUGGAAACCCUACAGGGGAGGUGGAGUGAAGUCCUGCUCUCUGAACUGCCUGGCGGAGGGAUACAACUUCUACACAGAGCGUGCUCCGGCUGUGGUGGACGGGACGCCAUGUCGAGACGACUCUCUGGAUGUCUGUGUGAACGGAGAGUGCAAGCACGUGGGCUGUGACCGGAUCCUGAGCUCGGACGUGCGCGAGGACCGCUGCCGGAUCUGCGGGGGUGACGGGAGCAGCUGUGAGGCCAUCGAGGGCCUCUUCAAUGACUCCCUGCCUGAAGGAGGUUAUGAAGAGGUGGUCAGAAUCCCCAAAGGAUCAGUGUUCAUUCAUAUCCAGGAGCUCAACGUUUCCCUCAACUUCCUAGUGCUGAAGAGUAAAGGGGAACAGUUCUUCAUCAAUGGGAAGCUGACCAUCGACACCCCUCGUAGGUUCGACAUCGCAGGGACCACCUUCCACUACCGCCGGCCCACUGACCAACCUGAGACCCUGGAGGCCCUGGGGCCCACCAACAUGACCAUCAUCGUCAUGGUACUGGUGAGGGAAGAGAACCCAGGGAUCCACUACCGCUUCAACCCUCCAGUCAGCAGAAACCUUUUGAGUGGAUAUGCCUGGCACUACACAUCCUGGUCCCGCUGCUCUGCACUCUGCGCUGGGGAUCUGUCCGGGUGUCUGUCUCCCCAGCUGGUGGUCUGGGUGUGGUCUGAGUGCAGUCGCAGCUGUAACGGGGGCCUGAGGACCAGAGAUGUGUUGUGUAAGAGGAAUUCUCCUACAGAGGAGAAGGUCCAGGACGACGGCGCCUGUACUCCUCCACGACCACCCCUCACUGAACCCUGCAGCAACCACACCUGCCCCCAGUGGCUGGCCCUGGACUGGUCAGAAAAAAAGUUGAGUAGUUGCUUACCUCGACACUUUCUGUACCUAUGCAACAUUUCUAUGUGUAAUCAAUGCCACCUGCUGUGUAAUCCCAGUUGUGGUCCAGGGUUCAGGCACCGUGUCCUUCUGUGUAAGCGUGGGGAGAGUGGAGACAUACUGCCAGAGUCCCAGUGUCCCAAGCAUGGGCGUCCCACCACCAGGGUGCGCUGUAACCUGCAGCGCUGCCCACCCCCCAUGUGGGUCACAGGGCCCUGGGGAGAGUGCUCGGCCAAGUGUGGUCUAGGUCAGGAGAAACGCUCUGUGCAGUGUCUCGCACAAACCGGCCAGCCGUCCAAUGAGUGCCCAGACCUCCAGCGCCCGGCAGCCAUGCAACAGUGCAAGAGCAAAUGUGACCUCAGUAGCCUACCCAUGGACAUCCCCGAGGGUGAACCUGAAGAGUGCAAAGAUGUGAACACAGUGGCGUACUGCCCCCUGGUGCUCAGGUUUAAGUUCUGCAGCCGCCCCUACUUCAGACAGAUGUGCUGUAAGACCUGCCAAGGACACUGACCCCUGAACCAGACCGAGAGCCAGACCAGGAGGCAUCCCCAGCGUGCCCAGACCAGACCAGGAGCCACCCCUAGCGGGCCCAGACCAGACCAGGAGCCACCCCUAGCGGGCCCAGACCAGAACAGGAGUCACCCCUAGCGGGCCCAGACCAGACCCACUGAGCUGCACAUUCCACAGGGGGGAGGGACGGCCCAGCCAACGCACUGCAGAGCAGCCUGCCUGACAUCAGUGGACAGAGAAGUAGAUGGCGGGAGGGUGAGAGAGAAAGAGAAGUGUACUUUUAUCCCGCACUCUGAAAGUGCCCUAUCUUAUACCAGCUUUGGGGGCACUGCUGUGAAGACCAGAUGAGCUGCUGGGAUAUCUCUCUGUUUCUAUGUACGUACACUAUAUAUACAAAAGUAUGUGGACACCCCUUCAAAUUAGUGGAAUCGGCUA